GUUCAUGAACUAUUUUGUUGUGUUUUUCACACAGCUAAGUUAAACAUUUUCUAUUUCCCAUUAGGUAUUGUGAGGUAUUAUAGGAUUGGUAGUUUUGUAUUUGAUUUAAAAUUGUAUUAUUUUUCUUUAAAUAAUUCUCUUAAUUUCGUAUUUUUUGUACGAAAUUUCAUUGGCAAAAGAAAAAUACCUCAAAGGCCUUAGGCUAUUCUGCUUACUAUAUAAUAUAUAAAAUACUGGUUCAUAUUUAGAGCAGCUAUAUUAUACCUAUUUGUUCCACAAAAUGAAUAUUGGGGUGCCAUCGAGAUUUGCUUGCCUAAAAAUAGAAGAUGACGAUUUUCGUCAAGGGGGCGGUAGUAAGAAAAAAACUGAGGGAAAAAAAAGCAGCAGUGCCAGUAGUGCAAAGGCGACCAAUAAAAAUGGUACUAAUGCUGUUCAAAAAAAGGCAAAUGGGGUCACAGAGAAACCUAAAUCUUCCUCCAAAAAAAAUAAGAAGCAAAAGGAAAAUCAAGAUAAAAAUUGGGAAGAAUGGCAGAAGAAAGACAGCAAGUUUGUUAAUGAAAUCUAUGAACAGCAGAUGCAAAGCGCGAUAUUGCAGUCCAAACUAGAGUUUGAGAAUCAGAAGAAAAAUGUAAUUGUAACUGAACCAAGUCAAGGGAAGAAAAAAAAGUCUAAAACCAUGAGCCUCGAUCAGUUUUUAGAAACUAAUAAAGAAUCAGAACAAAAAGAAGAAUCUGCUUCGCUCAAAAGCGAUCGGGACUUCUUUCAAGAAGUGAAGGAAAGCGUGAAGAAAACUUUAACUAAAGAAAAAGUGGAACAAAAUAGAAAGAAAAGACAAGAACAAUUUGAAGAAGUUAUCAGUUUGGCUCAGUGCCAGGAAAAACUGGAAUUUGAAAGAGAGAAAAACGCCCAAUUAAUGAGAGAAUUGGAAGAAGCGAAGAAGGAGAUAACAGUGGUUAAACAAAGAAACACUACCCUGUGUAGUAUGCUUAGAGAAGGAGAGAUGAAAGACAAGGCUGAAGUUCUUAAAGAACUUGAACGACUAACACUAGUUAAGGAAGAACUAACCGAAGAAGUAGCCAAUUUACAUAAAUUGCUGGAACAAGAACGGUCUAAUAAGCCCAUCAGUAAUAGCAAUCAUGUUAAUAUCAAUCAGGGUGAUGCACAUCCUUUGAAGCACAAUAACAAAGAAAAGACCAAUAAAAAGAAGAAGCACUAACAAGUAACCGCACGGUUGUUUCCUUAGUUUCUUAAGACUGUUAAAAUUACUUUUCAGCUUAUUUUUAUUUUUUUAUUUGUUUGUUGAUUUCGAAUGUCUUUAGUAAUCUCAUUUUUUAUGUUUGCAUGGUUUGUCCCCUUAUAUAUAUAUAACUUCUGGCAUUUCGAAUUUGAUGAAUUGUUUCAGAAUAAAAAGUGAGAAUCUUCUUCCCGCAAUGAAUGUUUAACAUCGGCGUUUUUUUUUGUAUUUUUUGAUAUUGAAUCUAUAUGUUUAAGUUGUUAGUUAUAAGGUUUAUAUUUAGUGAAAUAUGAAGAUAGAAUAUUUUUUGUUUUCUAACAGAUUUUAGAGAUUUUGUUUUAGUUUGUUGAAAAUACUAUUUUCUGGUUUUAUGUUCAGUCUUUUGUAAAAUGUACUGCAACAAUUUCCUUUUUUAAUAUAAUAUAAUGUUCUCAAUAA